CUCUGCGGUCCAAUCCUGUUUUGUUUCAGUAGGGUGACGCAACCGAACGAAAUACAGACUGGGAAAACAAUCGACAUGCUCCUGUCUGACUGCAGACAAUUGCACAUUGACGGACGUUUGUAACCUGUUAUAGCCUACGUUUUCAAAAUUUUUAAAGUAGGCCCUAUCAGUAAAAUUAUUGCUUACGAGUUCAGCACUACGCGGAACAGUUAAUGAAGACAAGUUGCACGUAUGGAAACUGGAUAGGCGAAGAUGACCGUCGCCUCGCGUCCAAUUGACGAGAACUUGCUUGUCGUUGGAUCCUGAUUAUGCUGCAGGUUCAGUGCUCUGGUAAAACUGCGACUCGUGCAAUGUCAAACUGAGUGAGCAUGCCUAAUGGUGGAAUAUCAUCUCACCCGCAGAGGCACAAGAACAGGGAAGGUGUGACUCUGGAAGGAUAUCGAUUUGACUUCCGCGUAAUAAAGAGAGUCUGGAUAAAUGUUGUUUAAUCGUGAUUGUACUAUGCGUUGUAUGUAGGCUAUCCAUUGUUUACCUCGUUGUAAGUAGCUAUAGCAACAAUACAUCAUUUGGAAUAAUUAUCUGAAGUUCGUUUGCGUCGACAUGGUAACGCGCUUUGGGGGUUUCCCAAGCUGACGUAAGGGGAUUUCCACUAUUGCAGACCAACUCGUCUAAAACCAAACACGAACGAAUCUAGAAUGAAAAAGAAGGAAUGGCCAGAUAAAAAAUAAGCAAGCGUACAGAGCAGACCUUCGAUUAUAGUCGCAGUCUGUGGGUAGUUAUCUGACAACGCUAGCGUCUAAAAGAAAUAGCAUAAACGAACACCUCCUCCAAGUCCAUGUUUAUAUUCUAAACUAGAUCGGUUCUGAAGAGCAAAGAAGAGAACUAGGCCCACCUCGGAACAAUCUACCAUUUUAGAAGACAAUGACAGCGAUAGUUUUUAUAUCCAUCGACGAGGAGUCAGAUUAAUUUUUCUCCGUCGGCAACACUGUGGCGCUUGGUAUCAACUGAUCGCCUAGAAGGACUACACGAAGUGAAGUAACAUUAGGUCUUGAAGAGUUGCAAAGUUACAAUGAUAAAAAUGGGCACCAGGGAUGUCACACAGGGCGCUGCAGAUAUACCAGAAUUAGAUUUGAUUGAUGAGUAUGUGAAGGAGAAUACGGCGAAAGAGCAGGAAAGCCAGCCCCGAAAGUUACCGGGCCCACCCCCUCCCCCCCAAGAGCUGGAGGACCUGAACCCUGUUGCCAGACGCCAUCACACCCCCCCCCUGUUAGUGGCUCGAGGCACGGCACCCCAAGUGCCUUCGACCCUGCCGCAGCUCACUGUCGCCACCAGCGGCAUGGCCUCGCCUCAUUCUAACAUGGCAGGCCACCAGAGGCCUAUCCUGCGUGCCCGUGGGGGCCAGGGGGCAGUGUCUGGCAUGGUGGGCCGUGUAGCCCAGCAGGAGCAGUCGGGUACGGAUUUGCUGGAGCAGUUCCUGGAGAAGCCGGUGCUGGAGAUUGUGGAGCAGCCCAAGGAGAGGGGCAUGAGGUUUCGGUACGAGUGCGAGGGCCGCUCCGCCGGAAGCAUCCUGGGCGCCUCAAGCACUGAGUCCAACAAGACCCUCCCCACCAUCGAGAUUAAAGGGUGUAAACCAAAAAUGAAGAAAAUAAAGGUCACUGUAUCCUUGGUUACCAAAGACAUCCCACAUCGCCCUCACCCCCACAGCCUUGUGGGCAAGGACUGUGCUGAUGGAAUCUGUGUUAUCCGCCUGAACUCCUGCAGGUCCUGUCGGCACAGCUUCUCUAACCUCGGAAUCCAAUGUGUGAGACGCAAGGAGCUGGAGACGGCUCUGGAAAAGAGAAGGAGCCAGAAGAUUGAUCCGUUUAACACCGGCCAAUCAAAGAGCAUUGAGGACAUCGACAUGAAUGUGGUGCGGCUCUGCUUCCAGUGUGAGGUGGAGACGGAGAACGAGGAGAGGAUCCUGCUGAGUCCUGUGGUGUCCAAUGCCAUCUAUGACAAGAAAGCCACCACCACAUCAGAGCUAAAGAUCAACCGGCUAAAUGUGGUCAGAGGUCCCUGUACUGGCAAGACAGAGAUAUACCUACUUUGUGACAAGGUGCAGAAAGAUGACAUUGAUAUCAUCUUUAGCGUGGGGAAGUGGGAGGCCAAGGCUGAGUUUGCCCAGACGGACGUCCACCGGCAGAUUGCCAUCGUUUUCAAGUCGCCCCCGUACUGGGAGCAGGACAUCAGGGAGGAAGUGGAUGUCAACGUCUUCCUGCGCCGUCAGUCCGACCACAUGGACAGCGAGCCCGUCAAAUUCACCUACGAGCCCCAAAACCAAGAUCCAUAUGAGGUAAAUCGGAAGAGAAAACGCAGAUCUGAUAUGAAGUUUGGUGAGAGGUGCAGUGUAGCAGCACAAAGCGUGACUCUACCAGAGUCGCUGUCUCCGCUGCCGUUCGCCUCGCCCCCGUUCGUCCCCUGUGACACCCCCCAGCCGGAACUGGUAACCCCGCACCUGCCACAGGUGAUGGAGGAGAUACAUCACCCCUUCACCUCUCAGGACGUCAAACAGGAGGACAACUUUUGCCACAGCCUGGAAAUGAUGGACUCGGCAGAUUUCCAGGCCAUCAUGUCGGGGAUCUCUCAGGUCCUGGAAGACUCUGCCGCCACCGGCCUCCCCCCUCUGCUGGACGCUGGGUUCCACGAACAGGUGCCUUCGCAGGGCUACGGGCACCCCAACGUCAGCCUCCCCGCCACCUUCAACCAGGACCCCAACUCCAACUACGCCCUGUCGGGCAUGGACUUCAACUGCAACAUGCCGGAGGAAAGCAGGAUGCAGCCGGACAUGAACUUCUACAACGACGUGCACUUCAACCACUACACCAGCCAGAUGGUCAAUGGCACGCAGCCCCACCUCCACGCCCUGUCCUUCGACCCGCUGCUGGAGGACCCUGACGGCCCCAUUCCCCAGCCCCUGCGCCCGUGCGAAACCGAGGACCCCGCCCUGGGCCCCCCCAUGAAGACGGAGAGCCACAUAGAUCUCUGAGGCCCCGGAGGGAGGCUGGCAGGCGAGCGCCGAAAAGGGAACGGGUCUGAAUCUUCACUGUUAUCAUUCCAAUUAGACGCGUGUCCCGUGUGGGCUGAGGAGGGACAGGCAGACAUUUCCGUCGACUUCGUGAAGGUAGCUAAUAAGAGGACACGGCUGUCGGCAUCCUGUCUGUAUUAGGACCAGACCGAGACUGACAGACUAACUGGUCAGUGCAUUGCCUAAGCAGUUUUGCUGCUGCGGACGUUUGUUCGAUUGUGCUUAAACACCCUGGCUGGAACCAGAGAAGAUGUGAACAACGGCGUUCUGUCUCUGAUCUUGAGUGACAGUUCUCCUUUAUUGUGAAUGGCAGGCUUGUUCACGCAGGGACAGUGUCGAAGCAAAGAGUGGAACAUUCCAGAAAAAAGUCCAUCCAGACUCUUGGCCCCUGUUGGGACUCAGACUGCUGCUAAAGCGGCAAACUGCUAGCGAUGGACAGAGGUUACAGAUGCAAAAUGGCCUCCACUUUGUCUGAGUGAAAUACCCAGUGUAGCCAAACUGUUAAGCAUCAGCCUCACCCUGUAGCUCUUAAAAGGGAAUCCUGUUGCCGAGCAACCAAGACACACCCACUACACAACACCCAUUGGUCAUGUCUCAGGGUCACAUGGUUAAGGGCUCCCCAGAUUGGACUUUAUACUUUUGAAGUGAACUGAAACAGGGGGAAACCAGCUGCCCUUCACCUAAAACCUCUCUGUGGCAAAAACCAGUCCUUUCAGAGUAGCUCACCAUUGUGGGAGGAAUCCAAUAUCUUAUACUGCUGUGAAGGAUCACACCCACCAGAGAGAAAAAUGUGAAGGAAAUUACACUUAAAUGCAUUGUGAAACAGAUCACACUUCUCUCUCAUUUGUAUGUACAUUCCAAUAAUUCCAAUAGUUGACAGUAGAUAAGAGCAAGAACUCCUGCUAAUAGUAAAUAAGGACAAAUAUAUGUUUGCUAAUUGUAGAUAAGGGAAAAAGCACCUUUCCUAAUACAAUAUGAUAGUAUUCAUCAAACAUGUAGGUACAGUAGCAUUCAUUCUGAUAAUAUGAUGAUCACAGCCAUACUAAUGCCACAAUGUAAAUGACUUUGCCGUUUUGAUACAGCACUGACAACAUUUUGCAUGCUUGUGAAAGCAUGUUGAGCUCAAAAUCUUUCCUUGUUCAUUUCCUGUUGUCUGUGAAACUUCUCCCACUAUUGACCAUUUCUUGUCCAGUCGUGUGCCUGAAGUAGUUGGUUUUAAAUAAAACAAAUGCAAAACUCA